ACUCAGCUGGAGGCUGGAGGGGUACAUCCCUGCAGAAGUGCCUUGGGAGAGGAAAUUCCGGCUGAAUCUACUCUGGCACACUGCGGUGAGGAGCCAGGCAGGGACGGAUCGUCAAGUGCUUUGUGUGUUGUAAAGGAUAACCUCAGAUGGACACCACAGCCUAGUCCUUGGGAGCACCGCGGGCUAAGCAUUGCCUGCAAACGAGAUAUUUGCACCCACCAACCGUUCUGCAGAAGGAAGACUUGUCUGCUCCUGCAGACGUGUACAGCCCUGUGGAGCAGUCUUGUCUGUCCAAAGGGCAGAGUCGAGCAAUCGCCUCUGCUGCUACAGGUUGGACUUGCCCGGUCAGCGAUGGGCAGAAGGCACUGGGCUCCAGGUGCAGGCAGGAUGGCCGCAUUGAAUGCAGUGCUUCUCCUGCCCUGGCACGAUCGCUGAACUGCUGAGCCACUGCAACUGAUGGGAGCAGAGCCCAGCCGUUUGCCCCUCAGCUGGGCUGGGGAGAAAACUCCUUCCGGUCUAACUGCUCCUCUCCAGAGACCAUGGCCUUGGGCGCCCCCAGGAGGGAUCUUCUGAUGCUACUCAUGGCCUUGGGCCUGACCCCGGGAGACCCUGUGAGGUCCUCUGGGGGGUCGCUGGUGAACUGUACCUGUAAGAGCCCGGAGUGCAGGGGGCCGAUCUGCCAGGGGGCCUGGUGCACAGUAGUGCUGGUUCAGGAGGAGGGUGUGUCCCGGGAACAUCGAAGCUGCGGGACCCGGGACCCAGAGCUGUGCAGGGGCCGCCCCACGGAGUUCUUCAACCACUACUGCUGCUACAAGUCCUUCUGCAACCAAAACGUGUCCCUGACGCUGAAGGCCACCCCUUCAGAGCAGCCUUCCGGGGAUGGCCAGCUACCUCUGGUGCUGGGCCCUGUGCUGGCUUUGCUGGCCCUGAUAGCCCUGGGUGCCCUGGCCCUGUGGCACAUCCGCCGGCGGCGGCGGAAGAACCGAGGCCUGCACAGCCAGCUGGGCGAGUCCAGCAUCAUCCUGAAGGCAUCCGAGCAGAGGGACAGCAUGCUCGGGGACCUGCUGGACAGUGACUGCACCACAGGCAGUGGCUCAGGGCUCCCUUUCCUGGUACAGAGGACAGUGGCGCGGCAGGUCGCCCUGAUGGAGUGCGUAGGAAAAGGCCGCUACGGCGAGGUGUGGCGGGGCCUGUGGCACGGGGAGAGCGUGGCUGUCAAGAUCUUCUCCUCCAGGGACGAGCAGUCCUGGUUCCGGGAGACGGAGAUCUACAACACAGUCCUGCUCAGACACGACAACAUCCUAGGCUUCAUCGCCUCCGACAUGACCUCCCGCAACUCGAGCACGCAGCUGUGGCUCAUCACGCACUACCACGAGCACGGUUCGCUCUACGACUUCCUGCAAAGACAGACGCUGGAGCCCCAGCUGGCCCUGCAGCUGGCUGUGUCCGCGGCCUGCGGCCUGGCCCAUCUGCACGUGGAGAUCUUCGGCACGCAGGGCAAACCGGCCAUCGCCCACCGCGACCUCAAGAGCCGCAACGUGCUCGUGAAGAGCAACCUGCAGUGCUGCAUCGCCGACCUGGGCCUGGCGGUGAUGCACUCCCAGAGUAGCGACUACCUGGACAUUGGCAACAACCCGAGAGUGGGCACCAAGCGGUACAUGGCCCCCGAGGUGCUGGACGAGCAGAUCCGCACUGACUGCUUCGAGUCUUACAAGUGGACCGACAUCUGGGCCUUCGGCCUGGUGCUGUGGGAGAUCACCAGGCGGGUCAUUGUCAAUGGAAUCGUGGAGGACUACAGGCCACCCUUCUAUGAUGCGGUGCCCAAUGACCCCAGCUUUGAGGACAUGAAGAAGGUGGUGUGUGUUGACCAGCAGACCCCUGUUAUCCCCAACCGGCUGGCUGCAGACCCGGUCCUCUCAGGGCUGGCUCAGAUGAUGCGGGAGUGCUGGUACCCCAACCCCUCUGCCCGCCUCACCGCGCUGCGCAUCAAGAAGACGCUGCAGAAACUCAGCAGCAGCCCCCGAAAACCCAAAGCGACCCACUAGCCUCAGCACCUCUGCUACAGGGCGGGGGAGU